GAAUAAUAAUUUGUAUGGUUACUCAUGACAAAAGCGGUAAAAAAAAAAAGACACAAGCCCAGUUAUUAUUUCUCUUUCUUUUCUCCUUUGUAAAUGAAUACAGAAUACGAUUACCUUUUCAAAUUGUUGCUUAUUGGAGAUUCAGGAGUUGGAAAAUCCUGUCUUUUGCUUCGAUUUGCUGAUGAUACGUACACCGAGAGCUACAUUUCCACUAUUGGAGUAGACUUUAAAAUUAGAACAAUUGAAUUAGAUGGCAAAGUAUGCAAGCUCCAAAUUUGGGACACUGCAGGUCAAGAGAGAUUUCGUACCAUUACUUCUUCUUAUUAUCGAGGUGCACAUGGUAUUAUUGUUGUCUACGAUGUCACAGACAAUGAAAGUUAUGAAAAUGUAAAGGAAUGGCUUCGUGAGAUUGAGAGAUAUGCGUCUGAAGGUGUGAAUCGAUUGUUAGUUGGUAACAAGAGUGACCUUGAAGAUAAGCGACAAGUGACUUUUGCCGCCUCCAAGAAAUGGGCAGAUAGCGUAAAUAUACCAAUCCUCGAAACCUCUGCCAAGAACUCUAGUAACGUCGAACAAGCCUUUUUAACAAUGGCCAGACAAAUUAAAGAAAAAAUGACAACGCUUGGACAAAAUGGCGGUGCCAAUAACAACAACAGUGAUAAGAUCAGAGUCACCAGAGGUGCUUCUAUUCCAUCACCUGCUGCUAAUAAUAAUAAUGGCGGUUGCUGUUAAAUAAUCAAAUACUUACAAUACUUUAUCGCAAAUAAUAAUAAUAAUUAAAACCAAAUUAUUUUGACAA